UCUUGUUGUUGGUUCUUCUUGCUUGUCUUCCCAGCGUUCAUCAUCAACGAACCCGGCGUGCAUUGCGAUUGACUUCAAUCCCAGAACUCCAGAUUUAAGAUUAACUAGUCUUCAUGGAUACUGCAACAGUCCCUUUAGACGAUAUAUCACCACCAGACUGUAAAGGAGAGGAUCAUGGGAAUGAUAAGGGUGAUGCAGUAGAAGGGGAAGUCAGUGAGACAUGCGAAGAUUCGAGUGAAGCUGUCAAUAAUAUUGCAGGGCAGCCAAUCAACAGCGCAGAACAAGAAGUAAUUGGMCUACUUCUUAAACAACAUGUUUUUUCAAACAACAGUGAAGCAGAUUCCGUUAAAGCUGUUGCCAUGGUACCUCGAGAGGUGCUGCAAGAUGAGACUGUUGUUGAUGAGGUCUCUGAGCAUACAGGUCAAGAACAUGAAGUUGUUGUAGGGCAGCAAUGUGAACAGGAGAGUGCCACAGCAUCAAUCAUGGAAACAGUUCAACAUUCUACUGAAGUAGAUGAAACUCACCAAGGAACGGAUACAUAUGUUCCAUCAAGUCUAACUCAGUCUGACCUUGUCCAGUCUGUGGUUGURAGUACAGCAAGUGGAGCUGUUUACCUGGAACAACAGGCUAUUACACUCACUGAGCUUCCUGGRGGAGUUCAUGCUAUUCCUGCUACAGGUCCCUUUGAGGGAGCAACCUAUGUCCACCAAUCAUCUGAUGGCACAAGCUAUGUCAUCACUUCAGAGGGCGGAGCCUUUGAAGGUCCYACUUCUGUUUCCAUGGCGAAUAUUGGUGAAAACAGUGCAUCCAUAGUAACAGCCACAGGAGAAACUGUAGACCAUAGUGGUAUACUAGAGCAAUACACACAUGUACAACAGAGUACGCAGGUCGACCAUGGUGAGCAUACGGGUACCCUGUAUGUUYUACAUGAAGAUAGCGAUGCUCAGGAUCAACUGGACCAAGAAUCACAGGCCACCCCUAAGAAGAUCUACCACUGCAGCAUCGAUGGGUGUGGCAAGCAAUUCUCAACCACGUACCGACUCAAAGCCCAUAAUCGCAGUCAUACUGGCGACACGUUCCGAUGUGAAGAAGACGGUUGCAGCAAGUCCUUUAUAACUCACAGUGAUCUUACCAUGAGAACUGUGGACGUGUUUACACCACAGCGCAUCAUCUUAAGGUUCACGAACGAGCUCACACCGGGGAGAAGCCAUUCAAAUGUUCAUUUGAAGAUUGUGACAAAGCGUUUGCCACUGGUUAUGGUCUCAAGAGCCAUACGCGAACCCAUACUGGAGAAAAACCUUACAAGUGCGUGCAUGACGAUUGCCAUAAAGCCUUCAAAACAUCCGGGGACUUACAGAAACACAUUAGAACACACACAGGUGAACGUCCAUUCAAGUGUCCGUACGAAGGGUGUGGUCGUGCCUUUACCACGUCUAACAUACGUAAGGUCCAUAUACGUACCCAUACUGGGGAACGUCCCUAUAUCUGUGAGGCGAUGGGUUGUGGACGAGCAUUUGCCAGCGCUACGAACUUUAAGAAUCAUUCUCGUAUACAUACAGGUGAACGUCCAUAUAUCUGUCAAGUACAUGGCUGUAACAAGAGAUUCACUGAGUAUUCCAGUCUAUACAAGCACCACGUGGUCCACACCCACAACAAACCGUACACAUGUAAUAUAUGUAAUAAGACUUAUAGGCAAACAUCUACACUGGCCAACCAUAAACGUACUGCUCACGGAGAAAUAGAUGCCGAUUUUGACGAAGAAGGUGCGCCCGUCACUAAGCGUCAGCGGGUUCAAUACACGGAAGUCCCAGGCCACCAUGCGUAUGCCCAGGCUGUCCCGGUCACAGUGGUGACAGACGAAGCCUCAGUGGCAGCCAUYCAAGCCAUGGACGGCACCUUGACCGACAUGCAACACAUUACCGAUGGCACACAAAUCACCAUCCCUGUAGCCAUAGCAACGGAGUCCGGCAUUGAGGUCCACGAUGCCCGAGGAUUGCAGCAUUCUAUCGGGUUGUCCGAGAAUGACCAGAUCCCCGCCAGCCACACUCUUGUGCAUGGUAAUGGCAUGGACAUGGGCUCAACCGUGACUGUCACGCCAAACACUGUGGUUGUCACAUCACUUGAGGGUGGUACAGUUGUCACGCAGGCCGCAGGGGAGGGGUAUCAGGUAGUGCAUACCGAGUUGCCYACUGAUGAAGGAGUUCCUACUGAGGUUGUCCAGGUCCACAUUCCGGUCAARGAGGAUGGAGAAGAACUGGAACAGCAAGUUGGAGACCAGGAACCAAACCGGGAAGUCCAGGAAGAUGAUAUUACCCAACAGAGAAUUCUAAACGCUAAAGCUGUACUCGAUGAAGUGUUAGCGGCACAGGUGACAACCGACAACAGUGAAGAAAUACCAAACCCUGAAACAACCUCGACCUCAGGGACCACCCCACUUCUGGCAACCGAGGGUUAAACUUUUACAUUUUCGCUCUGUUUUUUUGUUUUUGUAAUUGUUUUGCAGAAGCAAUUGCUUGGCUUUUAAAAGAUAAUGGCAGUGAUUUGAUCGUCGCACUUAAAUUGAUUUAAUUUUAGAAUGAAGCUAUUAGAUUGCAGGCACUAGAGUGGAAACCCUAAAGCCGUGAAAAGGUAGAGUGAUCGCACUCAAACCGUGCAACUGUACAAACUAGAUAGUGCUAUUUAGUUGUAUUUAGUAAAUCUUGUAUGCGGUAGAGUGAUCGCACUUAAUCCGUGCAACUGUACAAACUAAA